AUGCCUCAAAUUCUCACCCUCGGUGAGCAAUUUGAGCAACGCUUUCAUGAUAAUGCACCUGAUCGUUUUGGUGACAUCUACAUGAAGUUCGAGGUUCACUUUGAGGACACUGGACAUGAGUACACAGUCAUGAUUGGACUCUAUGAUUGUGAUACAGACGACCAGUUAAGAUGGGUCGAGCCAGCGCCACAAAUCCGGGUUAAACAUUACGCAGAUAGGUUGAUCCAAACUGAAUUCAACGUGAAAUUGGAGAUUGACAAUGACAAAUAUCUUGCCGUUUUCGAUGGCGAUCUUGAUGACCGGGGAUGGAGUGAGUGUCUUCUUAUUGUCAUGGAAUUCGAGGGAGACACGGUCAAGUAUGAAUUUGACUCUCAUGAGCUUUUUGUUGAAGAAACGCGGGUGGUAACUCUCUUGAGUCAUAAAACGUUUACUUCAGGUGCUCAGCAAAUUUGGGGAAAGGAUUACAUCGGUUGUGGGAAAUCGCUCGCGAUAAAGGAUGGACACUCGCUGGAGUCUUAA